AUGACCGACCUUGCAACGAGUCUCGUCGACCCUAUACGAGAAGGCUCCUUCCCAGCAUCAGCCGAGCUAUUGUCGUCAGACCUUGACACCAAUUCAAUCCCUCAGUUGAUCGAAGCCAUCAGAACCGAGAGGGACAGUCUCAGCAACGACUUGAAAGCGGUCAGCAAGCCUUACGCUGGGGGCGUUGAUCAAUGGAUUGCGCAAGCCAAGCAGGUUCAGCAAGAUAUUGCUCGUUGCAAGCAAGAAGCAAGAGAUAUUGUGCAAGAGUAUGAACGCGUGGAGCAACUGCGCAGAGACACCGUCGAUGCUGAGAGCAAAUUAAGACUUCUGCACGACGAGAUUGCAUUUCAGCAAGACCUACAGUCGCAGCUACAUACCAUAGCCACAGCCAACGGGCAUCUUCGCGAUGUUGAAGGCCAACUACAGCUCGAUCAAGCAGUAGACGCGGCCAGGGGCCUUGCCGAGCUCGAGCCCACCAUUCGACAACUGCGAGGACCGCGAGCCAGGGCCGUCGUCGCGGAGUACCGAGAUCAUCUUCUGCAAAGGACCACACGCCACCUCACUGAGCAGAUACGAGCGCAUAUAACAGUCACUCAAGACAACAGUGAACUUGCGCUGACCGUCGAGACUGGCACGAACCCGUCGGAUGAGCUUCUCUUUCCCGCACUGUCAGAGCUCGACGCAGCAGGCCCUGUGAUCGAACACGUGGUUGGCGCUGUGGAAAGAGUGCUGCUGGAGCCACUGUCACCGAAGUCUUCAAUUCGUCUCGUCAGCCACUCUGUCCAGUCAGGGAAAUUCGUUUUCCGCCUUUCUGAUAGCCAGAAGCCGUCGGUACAUUCGGUACUCAAGCUCUCUUCUGACCUAGUUGACUUUCUCUGCACAUAUCUCCCUCACGCACUGUACGAGGCUGUUGCCCAACAAUGUGGCCCAAGACUGGUAGCUUCCCUGGUGGGAGAAUGGUUGACACCCGCAAUCCCUGUCAGUCUGGACGACCUUUCCGACCUUGACAGCCUCAGGGAAGAGAUCCUAGCGCUCGCGCGCUUUUUGGACGAGAAGCAUUGGCCGGAUACAAAGAAUCUGAAGCAGUGGACACUUCAUGCACCGCGGAUGUGGAUAGGCAUCCGGAAAGGCGAAGCAUUGGAUGCCGUCAGGCGAGCUUUCGCACAAUCAUCGGGAGAUCUGCACCAGGUCGAGAGAGUUGAGCGGCAGAAGGCCAGCAAAGUCGAGAAGCCUAGCAACGAUGGCAGCCAGGACGGCCAGGAUGACUGGAACGCGUCGUGGGAGGAUGACAAGCAAGAGCAAAAGCCGCCAAGCGACCAAGCAGAAGAUGAUGCAAGCGGAUGGGGCUUUGACGACGGUAUGGAGGAUGACUCUGCACAAACAAAAGCAAAUGGCGAUGCGAAGGAAGCUGCGACAGUCGACGAUGACGUAGAUGAGGCUUGGGGCUGGAACGAGGACUCUGCAGAGUCGCCCUCCAAAGGGCAAGAGCAGAAGCAGGAUCGCGAUAAACAGACAGCGAACGGCGACCAUCAUAUGGCUGAGUCACAGGAGCUGGAGAUGAAAGAGCUCUACAGUGUGACCGACAUUCCCGAUCGACUUCUCGAAAGCAUUGGCCGAGAUAUACAGGAUGCUGUUCGACUGCAGCAGGAGCAACACGCAAGUCUGAAGGACGUCCCUGCUUCGUCGGGACUUCUCACUCUGCCCUCUCUGUCACUGUCCAUGUUCCGGGCAACCGCCUCGAUAUACUACUCCAAGCAUGCGUCACUGGGCAACAUGAACUUAUACAACGAUGCGCUAUACAUUGCGGAUAAGUUGCAGAACAUGCCUAGACCAGCAGCAAUGCACGGAAUCGAUGUCGACUGUAAGGCGAUGGAGAGAUUUGGGAGGUCUGCAUACGCAAAGGAAAUGGAUCUCCAGCGCACCAUUCUCACCGAUCUACUUGAUGGUGUUCAAGGUUUCACCAUUCCGUACGCCGAGCAGAUCGAGGAAGCCAUAUCUGCUACUAGCGAUAGGCUUCGGCAAGUGCACCGAGAGUGGUCGCCGAUCCUAUCGACUUCGGCGCUGCUCCAAUCCAUUGGAGCCCUAUACUCAUCAAUAAUCAGUAAAGUCAUCACAGAUAUCGAGGAGAUGGACGACAUCUCAGAAGCGCAGUCACAACGUCUCAGCAAUUUCUGCUCUCAGCUCAGCAAGCUGGAGGAUCUGUUCAUUGCCAAUCCACCCGGCGAUGCAGCAGCCGACCAAGAGCCCAUGCAUAUGGUCGCUGUGUACUCGAGCAACUGGCUUCGGUUCCAGUAUCUCGAUCAACUGCUGUCUGCAAGCCUGGUUGACAUAAAGUAUCUGUGGACGGAAGGCGAGCUGAGCUUGGAGUUCUCUGCUGAAGAGGUGGUGGAUUUAAUCAUGGCUCUGUUUGCUGAAUCGACACAUAGACGCAGCGCAAUUGCAGUCAUUCGAGGCAACAGAGGCAGUGGUAUGUCGCAAAGAGCUAUAUGA